AUGAAGGAAAAAUGCAAGAACGCGGCGAAGACACGGAGAGAGAAAGAGAACGGAGAGUUUUACGAGCUGGCCAAGCUGCUGCCGCUGCCGGCGGCCAUCACCUCCCAGCUGGACAAGGCCUCCAUCAUCCGGCUGACCAGCAGCUACCUCAAGAUGAGGGCAGUCUUCCCCCACGGUCUGGGUGAUGGAUGGGGCCAGUCAACAAGGUUCAGUCCACUGGACAGCAUGGCCAAAGAGCUGGGUUCCCACCUUUUACAAACUCUGGAUGGCUUUGUGUUUGUUGUUGCCUCUGAUGGCAAAAUCAUGUACAUCUCAGAAACAGCAUCAGUCCACCUCGGCCUGUCCCAGGUGGAGCUAACAGGAAACAGUAUAUUUGAGUACAUCCACCCAUCAGACCAUGAUGAGAUGACAGCAGUGCUGGGUGUUCGCCAGCCCCCACACCAUCACUUCUCUUCAGAUUAUGAAAUAGAACGCUCCUUCUUCUUGAGGAUGAAGUGUGUUCUAGCUAAACGAAAUGCAGGAUUGACAUGUGGAGGAUAUAAGGUGAUUCAUUGCAGCGGCUACCUGAAAAUACGCCAGUACAUGAUGGACAUGGCACUGUAUGAAUCCUGUUAUCAGACUGUGGGGCUGGUGGCAGUCGGUCACUCCCUCCCCCCAAGUGGUAUCACUGAGAUCAAACUCCACAGCAACAUGUUCAUGUUUCGGGCCAGCCUAGACUUUAAACUCAUCUUCUUGGACACAAGGGUGGCAGAGCUGACAGGCUAUGAGCCUCAGGACCUGAUAGAGAAGACUCUCUACCACCAUGUCCAUGCCUGUGAUAUUUUCCAUCUACGCUAUGCUCACCAUCUAUUACUAGUAAAGGGGCAGGUGACCACAAAGUACUACCGCAUGUUAUCAAAGCAUGGAGGCUGGGUGUGGGUGCAGAGCUACGCCACUAUUGUCCACAACAGCCGCUCCUCCAGACCUCACUGUAUUGUGAGUGUGAACUACGUCCUCACUGACAUCGAGUGCAAUGAGCUGCAGUUAUCUCAAGACCAGACUCAAGCCACGAAGCCUGGUCUCAGUCUUACUUCCUCCGAGGACCACCGCAAACAACUGAGAACCAAAGUGGUCAAGAUGAAGACCAAACCUAGAGCAGCUCCCUAUCCUGAGCAGGCUGCUAAGAUCUUCCAGAUUCCAGACCACUUGAGCUGCUCCCCACAGAGGGGACUAUGGAAGGAGAGACCUCCAUAUGCAGUGACCCCUUACAGGGAGAAGAGCUCCAGCUUGAACCCAGAAGUAAGCCAGGUGUCCUGCAGCCCCACUUACAAUCUGACCCUCCACUACGCCAACAAUCGCCGGCAUCUGGACACUCAGAGCCAGCUACCUAGCUUAGUUCCCUCCUCUCAGCUGGCUCAGCAGAUUAUAGGCUCGCUGCACAGCAGGGGGCCUGUUGGAUGGAACAUCAGCUGCCCCCCAGCACCCAACAAAUGCACAGGCUCCGUGCUGGCAGCUGACAGUAGGUACCCUGAUGAGAUCUACCAUGAUAGUUCCAGCAGCACAAACAAACAUUCUACCAGCAGGCUGAAGGAAGAACCAUGCACCCAUUACAUGCUUGUCCACGGCGAGGUGUCUGAUGUUCCCUGUCCUCAUGCCACCAAAGACAGUAAACCUUUAAGCCAUGACGUCCUACAUAAUACAAGAGGUGCUGAGGGACUUCAAGGUGACCGGGCCCUGGCCGGCCCUUUGAUCAGUGGCCUGGUACUGGGUAAAGGCGAGGAGGUUGGCUCGUUGCAUGGAAUGGGCCAGUCUCUCCCUGUGCAGAUGGUGCUGGAGCAGAGGAGGAGGCUGUGUGUGAUGGAGGCUCCCUACAGCCACACAACUGCAGGGUAUCCGCAACUUGCUGAUGGUAACCAGCAGUGUGAAGCUGCCGCAGAGCUACAGCCCAGGUCUGCUGAGGACGACAGGAGAAUGUUGAUAGGUAGGGGGGUUGGGGUGGGACUUCCCCAAGCUCCAUAUAUGUCUUUGAACUUUCAUCAAAUCUUGGGCAGACAUGGUUCUAGUAAAACCCCCUCUUUUACCACACUAAGCCAUAUAAGAGACCGCCCUGUUUCCCACAAUAAAGACACAGCCUCUUACAGCUGUAACAGCCAAAGCCCCAGCUCCAGUUCGUCCCCAGAGAGCCACAGAGAGAUCCCACAUUACAUUGGCACGUCGGUCAUUAUCACAAAGGAGAGGUGA